UGCAACUCGAUUCAGUGCGGAGGAAAAUGAACUCGGCCAUGUCGUGUUAAACACAGGCUGAAAGAAAACGACGUCAAAUCACCGAAAAACACUCUUAAGUCCGAUAAAACCGAGCGCAAAGAAGAUCAGAGGACUCGAGUAGCUUCACGGGAGUGAAUUAGAGCAGAAAGAUGAGCGGAGGGACGCCUUAUAUCGGCAGCAAGAUCAGUCUGAUCUCAAAGGCCGAGAUCCGAUAUGAAGGAGUUUUAUACACGAUCGACACUGAGAACAGCACUGUAGCUCUGGCUAAAGUGAAGUCCUUCGGCACUGAGGAUCGCCCUACGGACAGGCCUAUCCCCCCUCGAGAUGAUGUCUUUGAGUACAUCAUAUUCAGAGGAAGUGACAUCAAAGACCUGACUGUGUGCGAGCCGCCCAAACCCACCUGUAACCUUCCUCAGGAUCCUGCCAUCGUGCAGUCGUCUCUGGCAUCUACGGCCGGUCCCUCGGCUCCUUCCUUCCAGUCAUACGCCCCCUUCAGUCGGGCCCCGUACAACCAGUUCAGCGCCAGUCCCCUGGUGUCCCAGCCGUUCGGAGCAGCGGUCCCUGGUGGAACGAGCUCAGGUCCUGUGUUCGGUAGCGAGGCGAGCACUACUGCCCCUCAGUCCCAGAGCUCUCGCUCGCUGAGUGCUCACAAACCCGAAGGUCGUUCCAGCCCAUCUUUAGAGCACUCGAGGAAGACCCCGACCAAGGAGCAUGCGGUGCAGACGGCCCCGGUCCCUCCCCCUGCAGUCUCCACCAGUUCAGGGAGUCAGAGGAGCUCUGGACCCGCCCGACCGGCCCUCAACACACAGAAAUCUGCCGAAAACCAGGAGCAAAAAGCGUCUGAUGUCCAGAAGAUUCCUCGGCCAGAGUCAGACUCAAACAGGCCUGAUAAUAAAGACCCAAUCAAACGCCAGUCUGGCGGUGGCGCUCCUCCAAUGAGAAGGGGGCGGGGCAGUGGUGGCGGAGGGGGCGGUGGCCAGCGUGGGCGGGGCAGAUUUAAUGGGCGUAGAGACGGACCAAUGAAAUUUGAGAAGGACUUUGACUUUGAGAGUGCCAACGCCCAAUUCAAUAAGGAAGAGAUCGACCGCGAGUUCCAGAGCAAACUCAAGAUUAAAGAUGAGAAGAGUGAGAAAUCGGAGAAGACUCUGAACGGGGAGGAGAAGACGGACUCGGGUGUGGAGACCCAGAACAGUGAAGGCAACGUUGACGAGGAGGAUCCACUGGGACCCAACUGUUACUAUGACAAAUCCAAGUCCUUCUUCGACAACAUCUCCUGUGACGACACCAGAAAGGAGAAAUCAGGAGGUACUUUUGGAAGGGAACGGAGGCAGACCUGGGCGGAGGAGAGGAGGAUGAACGCGGAGACGUUCGGUAUUCCACUGCGUCACAACCGCGGGCGCGGGGGUUUCCGUGGCAGAGGCGGCGGCAUGGGCUUCCGUGGGGGUCGCGGGCGCGCGGCUAGCAGGGGCUCGUUCAUGCCCUCCCGCGGGGGCGGAGGCGGCUUCAGGGGCGGCUAUAGAGGCAGCAGAGGAGGACGGGAGUUCGCAGACUUUGAGUACAGGAAGGAGAACAAAGUGUCGGCGUAGUCCAUCAUGAAGACCACAUCAUCCGAACAGCCAAGAAUCUCCGAUCAUCACGUCUAGAUUAACGCUUUGGUUUCGACUCCUGACUAACAGGAAGGCCUCUGUUAAACACCAGCGCAGGGACGCCUGCCUUCAGCUGGACGCGCAGCUUUGAGUUCUUCUCCUUUCUUCCUUUUUUAGAAAAGAAAAAAAACAUUUGAUGAUCUUCUGAUCUGCGUUCGAUAUGUUCGGAGGGGAGAGUUUGUGUACAAAAUGCCGUAACUUCCAUUGAAUGAUGAUGAUGAUGAUGAUGAUUAUUAUUAUCUGGUAUUUUUGCAUCAACCUUUAGUUCCUUUGGUAAUAAACAGAGGAUGGUAUUUGAUAUUAUUCUGUUAGGUGUACAGAACCCCGCUGAUACUGUGAGCGCUCCUCAGUCACAUAGCUUUAUUAUGUUAUGGUUUCCUCUUAUUUUUGGAUCUGUUUCUGUCUUUUGAAGCAGCAAACCCCAGUGUCGAGUGUGUGUGGAGUGUGUGUCCGAGCUCCGCCACCUAAACAAAAUAAACUUUCAGUUCACCUCGA